GGCGUCCCGUCGCCGCCCCAGCCCUGCGGACCCGAUCCCAAGAUGGCGGCGCCCAGCGAAAGGAGGAACGGCGGAGGCGCGAGCUUGUGGGCUGCGUUGCUGCUGGCGGCCGCUGCGUUGAGGCCGGCGGAGGCGGUGUCCGAGCCCACGACGGUAGCGUUUGACGUGCGGCCCGGCGGCGUCGUGCACUCCUUUUCCCAGCACGUCGGCCCGGGGGACAAAUACACUUGUACGUUCACCUACGCUUCUCAAGGAGGGACCAACGAGAAGUGGCAGAUGAGCCUGGGGACCAGCGAGGACCACCAGCACUUCACCUGCACCAUCUGGAGGCCCCAGGGCAAGUCCUACUUAUACUUCACACAGUUCAGGGCGGAGGUGCAGGGCGCCGAGAUCGAGUACGGCAUGGCCUACUCGAAAGCUGCGUUUGAGAGAGAAAGCGACGUCCCCCUGAAAAGCGAGGAAUUUGAAGUGACCAAGACGGCAGUGUCCCACAGGCCCGGGGCGUUCAAGGCCGAGCUGUCCAAGCUGGUGAUUGUGGCCAAGGCUUCACGCAGUGAGCUGUGACCAGGAGCCCCAUCGGGGGGCGGCUUUUCCUCGAUUCUGCUGAAGGAGCUGGGCUCUGGGAGAGCUGGCGCAUUACUGGUUUUCUAGGGGGGCUGUAGGUUGUUGGCCUCUGAACAUGGAGCGGGGGUCUGGGACCCUCUGCCCGUCUUUCUUAUCAAAAAAGGCACUGGGGAACAUGAAGGGGGGUCUCCCCGGGGAAUCGCGGCUUUCCUGAAGCCGGUGCGGGUCUCUCCGUGGGUCAGGCCGGGCUCUGGAUCACUCCCAGGGACAGCGAUCCUGCUGCCCUGAGCCCGAACGAGCUGUUUUCUUACAGUUUUCCCAGGGGACCUUCUUCCAGGCUAACUGGGGAGAAAUGAAAUGUUCUUUCAUAUUUAAAUAAAUCAGAUGGUUGAAAAGCA